AGCCGCUCUGUCACUCAUUUCGCAGCAACACACAACAUCUCGAUUCUCUUGACAACAUAGCCACUUUCUUUCUAGCUCAGUUCCUCGCUCGGCUAGCUGUAGAUUAAUCCAUGGCGACCAUGAUGUCCACCAUGACCUCCUUCUCCGGCGCCACCGUCUCGCCCCGUGUCGCCGCCGGUAGCUUCGCCGCGGCCCGAUCACCUCUCCGCCCGCGCACCGUCGUCGUGAGGGCCCAGAACGACAAAACGCCCAACAAGCCCGCGGCCUCGAUCUGGGACAUCCUGUCCUUCAGCGGGCCGGCCCCGGAGCGGAUCAACGGCCGUCUCGCCAUGGUGGGCUUUGUGACGGCGCUGGGCGUGGAGGCAGGCCGCGGCGACGGCCUGCUCUCGCAGCUGGGCAGCGGGACGGGCCAGGCCUGGUUCGCCUACACGGUGGUCGUGCUGUCCGUGGCGUCGCUGGUGCCGCUGCUGCAGGGCGAGAGCGCCGAGGCCAGGGGCGCCGGCAAGAUCAUGAGCGCCAACGCCGAGCUCUGGAACGGCCGCUUCGCCAUGCUCGGUCUCGUCGCGCUCGCCGCCACCGAGGUCCUCACCGGCGCGCCCUUCGUCAACCUCUGAACACACUUUCUGCGUAGCGGUAGUAUAGGUCUUGUCGUAAGUGUUUGAGUGGCAGCGUUGGCGUCUAAAUUCGUGAACUAGCUCAGGAUGUAUAUAUUUGCUGCUCAAUAAAUGGAUGGCAAUUUCUUUC